CGUGAAUGUGUUAGUGAAUUUGUAGCCAACUUCACUGCGACAACUUCGAUGGGACUGUCAAAAACUACAAGACUACAUAUUUUGAAACCGUUAAUUUUUGGUCCCCUAAAACGAAGUUUGACUAUAAUUUUAUAUAAACUUUUCUUACAUCUGCAAAGAAACACUUUUCUUUUUCUCCUCUUUCAAUAAUUUUGAAAUGUAUUUGUCACUCAACAGCGAGACUCUUUUUCGCAAGAACGAUACAGAGAACGUUUAAUUAAGUCCUUAAGAAGUCCGAGUGAUCAAGAAUCGUUCCUGCAGCAGGAUGGGCGAUCGUGAAACCAAUACCAAGGACCUCGCUCACCAGAAGGAGAGUCCUCAUAGAAGGUUUCAAGACAACGAGAACACUGAGCUAAAUCAAAGUAUGGAGGAUCAAACGGAGACUCCAAUUGAAGAUUCGCAUCAAGAACGGGACCAACAAGACAAAUACAGCUCCAAAGAGGAUCAUGUCGUGGAAGAUGUGAAAACAACGGACAAUCGGCAGUUCGAAAUGGAGAAAAGCAUGCCUUGGCUAAGAAUGGAUCCUACCGACAAGAAUCUCUCCAAGCAAAUGUUUCUGUAUUUGACUCAUAAGGAGUUGACGAACAAAAUUGAGGAUCUAACUAUGAAAGAAUCGCAUGCUUGCAAGAAACAAUGUUGGGAUGUGGCGCUUAGACUGAGGGAUAUGAGAAACAGAUUGGAAUUGCUUCGCGAGAAAAAGCUGUACAGCGUUGAUAAUCUUGUUUUGGACGAGGAGACGAAGAAACUAGGACUGAUGAACAUUGAUAGAAGAGAGAACGAACUUGCUGAACGCGAGGAUGCUUGUACGGAUUCAGAGAUGUACAGCGAGGGUGCCAAAAUACUGUGGAAGAAAUGGGUGCACGAAGAUGAAAGAUUCGUGAUCGAAGAUGCGCGACUGCAGAGGGAGAAGUUGAUGAACAUUUUGGAGAAAGAAUGGCAGGAUCUCGCUGUCCAUGACAAGGAACGAAUUACUCGAUCAUAUCAGAGUGUGAUACACGACGCUCUUGUCCAAGAAGAACAUAAACUCAUGACUUCUCUCAACGCGGCUAAAGCAAAAUCUUCUCCUACAUCGUUGAAAUAAGUCCUAGAUCCAUAUUUCGUUAAUUUGUAGGCCUGAUUAUAUUGUAUCAAGCUUAACAAUAAUUUGCGUUUGAAUUUUUUGUAUUGCAUCGAUUUUCGUCGCCAAUAUUCUAUGCUGUAUUAGGUGUGUUGCAAGUAAAUUAUUAAUAUAUUUCGGUCGUUCAAAAGUAUUGUUUUAUAACUUGAAAUAUAUUGCAUUUAGCACAUAAUAUUGAACGCUAGUAAAGACUCAUCAUAGUCUAUAAUUAUAUCGGUACAAUUUAAUGUAUAGGUGAUAUCGAAGUCAUUCCAGAUUAAUAAUUAUUCAACUCUAUAUUGUACUCGAAUCUUGUUCACGCUUGUAAAAAUUAUACUCGAUCGAUGAAAGUAA